AUGCACCAUGGAGCUUACAUCGGCCCAGGUUCAGGUGAUCAGCAGACACCUGGAAUAAUUAUGUAUUACAGCUUCACGAAAGGAGGAGUGGACACCAAUGAUCAUUUGUGUGGUACAUACAGCGCAGGAAGGCGAACCAAACGAUGGCCGUUAGCUAUUUUCUUCCAUCUUAUAAACGUUGCAUGCAUAAAUGCUCUCGUUGUACAUCGGGCAAAUACCACUAAAUCACGUACUCAAAUGAGGCGUAAUUUUUUGCGGCAAUUUUCCGUUGAACUUGUCCAUAAUCACCAGAAACGUCGGCUUGAUGUCCAUUCAACUCUUAAAGUAAUAAAGAAACGACUUAUAGAAGUUCAUGACUUGGACAACCGCGCCCCACCAACCACUGCAAAACGUGGGCGUUGCAACAACUGCCCGCGGAAAAGUGAUCGAAAAGUAUUCACCAAAUGCAAAAAGUGCACAAAAUUUGUGUGCAAUAAUCACUCAGACAUAUACUGUCAACAGUGCAAGAAAAGUGAUUCGGAUAGUUCCUAA